AUGGAAGGUCCGCUUUCGAAAUGGACCAAUAUGGUACACGGAUGGCAAUACCGGUGGUUCAAGAUUGAGAACGACACACUUUUGUAUUACACUUCAAGGGAAAAGAUGCUGAAAGGACAGCAGAGAGGUUUGUUGUUUGUGUGAGAUCAAUUUUAAUUUCAAAACGAUGCUGAGGUUGCCAAUUCGAAUAUAAUAUCUGGCAAAAAUGUUUAUUUUCAAAUAUUCCAGGUCAGAUACGUCUGAACGGUGCAGUUGUGGGGAUCGAUGGAGAGAACAACAGUCUAUUCACGAUCACGGUGGAAGGAAAGACAUUCCACAUGCAGGGGCGCGAUGUUCGGGAACGAAACCAAUGGGUCCGCAUUCUGGAGAGCGCGAUCCGCGCUAGCAGUGGAUACGCAAAAGGCAACGGAUCCGUCGGAACUACCCCUGCCCAACACUUCAAGCAGAAGACUGAGGAGGCGAAUGAGUUUCUGAAGACAUUAGUAGAAAAAGUGAAAGAGCUGGAGCAGCUGAAGAACGGAGAGCGAGCCGCAGAUGAGAAAAAGACGGUGGACUCUCUGAUCGCAGCGAGCAACAACUUGACAAAUAAUGUAAAGCAUGCCAUAAUAUAUCUCCAGGUAAGACUUCUUAAAAUGUUAAUCCUCAUUCGUUCCUCUCAGAUGGCACAAGCCCGUCUCGAUCCGAAUAUGAAAACGGACAAACUGAUAUUCACUCAUCCUGAUUUGAAUGAGAAGGUGAGUCGUUCACAGUGAACAGUGAGAAUGGAGGGGGUGAUGAGUCAAAGUGAGCACACUUGUAGCUUAUUGUAGCGACGGCCGAACAAAAGUGACGCCAUACGAUUGGUCGCGCGCGUGGGCAAAGUUAGAUCUCAAUUAGCAGGGAAUUCCCUUUGGUCCGUCAUAGACUGGCUCCCAGGCGAUUAUCUAUUUCAUUGCGAGAAACAUCAUAAACCAAAGCGAUCACGAUGCAGACUGCGUUGACCGACCACAAAAACGAAAAAUUUCUGUUUUCAAGCGCAUAUGAGUCAGAUCUUGCCGCCCCGAAAAAGGGCAUAGUAUCUUCUGCAAAAAGCGGUCCGCAAGAGAUCUGAGACGUGUUUACAUCUCGCUGGCGGGUCCUGCACGUACAAUUCGGCAGUUUACACCUUAUCACCAGACUUGUCUGCUUCUCUCGCGAUCGCCGGCACUUCUCGCUUACUUUAUUCGACCAAUAAUCGCGUGACUCUCCUCUAGUUUACACCGUUUUCUUGUUCGUGGCAAGAAAAAUUAAUAAUAACGUCGCCAUGUUUUCUUAUUUUAUAAACUCGUCCGCCUUUUGUUUGGACCCCUUCCGGUGAGAUCUGAAGAAAAAAGUUUAAAAAAAGAGCAUCUUUUUGAUUUAUCGGCGAUUAUUUGAAAAAGUUUUACGACUUCCAUUAGCUCCUCCAAGCCGCUUUCUCUCGUGGCCGUUUUGCGGCUCAUUUGUCUUUUGCAAGAAAAAAAUAGAGCAUUAUUGGGGGUUCUCCUCGCCUCUUACGGACUUUUCUCCAUAAUAUUUCUGCAAUGUGUGGGCGCACGGUCUAUCUUUUUUAUGGUUUUUUGUAGUUCACAGUGAGAGACGUUUGCGAGAGAGAGAACGCUCUUUUCCGAUAGUCGCAUUAUGACGUGGAAAGACAUCGAACGGCUCGUUUAGCACAUAAUUGAGCAACGUGGCGUCUCGAUGAUCAAAAAAUCACAUUUGUUUGGUUCAGUGUUUCCUUUUGCACGGCUGUUCCUCGAAAAAUCAUAGUUCAUCACGCUUCUAAACGUUUUGGGAAACAGAAAACGAGUUCUUAAUCUGUCAGGCGGCAGCUCAUUCCCUCCUCGUUCCCAUCCCAUUCUCACCGUUUUCUUUUCCAAACGUACCAUGUGCCUAACCAAAAAACGUGUGCAGCCAGCGUCGGAAUCUCGAGGAACUGCCUCCGAUUCGGCGCAGACUCCUCUCCAGACGUCGUCCUCGGUCACCGACAAGCAGCCGAUUAGUCCUAUUCAACAUCUUGACCAUCUGAAACCGCAACGCGCCGAAUCGUAUGCGAGGUGAGCCAUUUCAUACCCGUCCUCGUCACGUUCCCCAAUUUUCUGUUAGUUAUGGAACAAAUUGGAUUUUGCUUUGGGAGCAUGACCAGAAAGAAGGAAUGAUGUUUUUAGUGCAAAUUCGCUUUUUUUUAGCAGCGACGAGGAGGAGUUCUACGACGCCGACGAAGAACUGAUCGAUCUGGACAAGUUCGAAAACGAUAAGAGCAAUCCGGAGGCAGGAGACUCGGAACGACGCUCCGACGCGGCCAUUAUGUCAUCUGUGAGUGGAAGAGUGACUGGCACGACGGUCAUGAAUCUUUUUAGGAAGAGGAAGGGUUCGACUUUGGGGAUUCGCAUGAGGACUUUGACGAAAUCUACAAUAACGCGGAAGAACAUGACAUUGGAAAUGUGCAGCAGGAGCACGGAUCCGUUCUGAUGCAUCUUCUGAGUCAAGUCAGCGUCGGGAUGGAUCUGACCAAGGUCACUCUGCCGACGUUCAUUCUCGAACGCCGCUCGCUUCUCGAAAUGUACGCCGACUUUUUCGCCCAUCCCGAUCUCUUUAUUGCCACCAAUGGAAUCGAUUCGGCCGAGAAGCGGAUGAUGUGAGUUGACGGAAGUGGAGCUGAAUACUCAGAAUAUGAUUUCAGUGCUGUCGUCAGAUACUAUCUGAAUUCGUUCUACGCCGCCCGCAAGAGCGGAGUCGCCAAGAAGCCGUACAAUGCGAUUCUCGGAGAGACAUUCCGAUGCCGUUACACAGUUCCGAAUUCGACGUUGAGCGGAAAGAAAGUGGAGAGCGGACCGUGGCCAGGAUCCGAUGAGAAUCAGCUGACUUUCAUUGCCGAACAAGUGAGUUCCGUCACUUUGGACUGAAAUUAGCACAAUGCCUUUUCCAGGUCAGUCAUCACCCGCCAAUUUCUGCAUUCUACGCUGAAAUGCCAUCUCAUGGAAUAUCUUUCAAUGCUCACAUCUACACGAAAUCCUCGUUCCUCGGUCUUUCGAUCGGAGUCGCUAGCAUCGGAGAGGGAAUUCUGACGUUGCACAACUACGAAGACGAGCAGUACACGAUCACGUUCCCGAGUGGAUACGGCCGUUCGAUCAUGAGCACUCCGUGGUUCGAAUUCGGAGGAAAAGUGAAAGUUGUGUGUGAAAAGACUGGGUAUUACGCGGACAUUGAGUUCCUCACGAAGCCCUUCUUCGGUGGAAAACCGCAUCGAAUUCAAGGAACCAUUUGCAAAGAGGGAGUCAAGAAGCCGGUUCUGACGAUCCGUGGAGAAUGGAACGGAACGAUGUAUGCGAAACCGCCGAGCGGAGAGGAGUACACUUUUGUGGAUGUGAAGGCGAAGCCAGAAGUGAAGAAGGAAUGUGUGCCGGUGAUGCAGCAAGGAAAACGAGAGAGUAGAAGGUGAGAGAGUUACACAAAUUGGUAUUCACGGAACAAAUUUCAGACUAUGGAGACACGUGACUGCCGCGUUGCUUCGAAACCGCAUUCAAACCGCCACGGCGUCCAAACGAUUCAUUGAGCAGAGACAGAGAAGAGAGGCCAAGGUGGCCAGUUCGUAAACAGAGCAAUCUACUCAUUUGUGUUUUCAGGAGCGCUUGGAGAGUGGAGAUAAAUGGACACCGCUCCUAUUCGAAACGACGGAAAAGGACGGCGAAUGGAUGUACAAGCAGAAGAUGGGCGUCCGCAAGACACUGUGA